AAGGUGCUCACGUCACCGAGGCAGCAACGCGGAAGUGGAGGAACAGCCUCCACGUCAUUGGAGGUGCACUACUGCGACCAAACCAUGGGGUUUGCCGUGGGAAACUGACAUGUUACUGACCCUGCCAGCCACUGAGCCGUAAUAGUGUUGGACCUCGCAGGCAAACAGAACAGCGACGGGUUCCGGAAAUUGUUUUCUUCAGAUUGACAGCGUUGGUGCUUAUCCCUGAUGGGUGAAUCAGGGCCACGCCGCUCCACCCUGGUCUCCAGGUUGCCCAUCUUCAGGCGCAGUGUAAGAAAAAGGCAGGACUCUCUACCAUCCUCUCCCUCCUCUGGUGGUGUAGGCAAUGGUGUCCACACUUCUUCUCCCUCAAGCACCAACUCAAGCUCCAGCAGCACGGGAAAGCGGCGCAGCCUUUUCCGAACACCGUCUAUCAGCUUUCAUAGCAAGAGGAGCAGCGAGUUACGUGCCGAUUCCAACCAGCUCGGCGCAGACAAUCGGAGCCGGCUGUCCGAGCCGAGCUUCAGUGACGGUUGCAACCACAAGGUACGGCACUCAUUUGGAUUCGGCGGACACAAGAAGAAGCUCAGCCGCUCGCAGACCGAGGACUUCGAGAAAGCCCCCACUAACCGCAAUGUUUUCAUCAACUGCAUUAGCUCAAGGACGAAUGAGGGAGAUGAUUCAGGUUUCCUGGAUGAUGUCAGCAGCAAGAGAUCUUCCAAAGCCAAAAAGCUGCUGCCAAAGUCCUUUUCAGCCCACCAUCGGUUUUCCAAGAAUUCCCCUAACCAGGUUGAACAGAGUCAAGGCAAGGAUGAUGCCCCCAAGACAGGAACUCCAGGUUCCUGGCCUGGCGAACUUGCAGAGAGCUCGCUACAAUCCCCCAUCGUUUCUGAGGACCGCACAACAGCCAUUACACCCUCAGACUUUGUCCAUGUAACUGAGGACACUGUCUCUGAAGUGGAUGCUCUGCCUGUUCCGAGUCCAGCUGAAGUCCCCCCUGAGAACAUCAGCCAAGGUGUUUCUACCUCACAGACAUGCGCCAAUCCAGAUCAAUGCGCUAUGGAGAAGCCUAUGCUGCCAGAUAUGAGCCAGACUGCCAAUACACAGUGUGAGAGUACCACUGUUCAAACAGAACCAGAAACACUGAACACAGCUGAGGAGCAGCACCAGGAUCAAAUCGAGGCCAGUGAGAAUGAACUGAACCCAGAGCUGAGCGAGGAGAGCAGCUCCAAUGCAGAGCUCAGAGAAAGACCACGCCGAAAUACCACGCUGGUCCAGCAGCUAGGAAGAUCAGCAGGUCAGGGCAAACUGGAGAGCAGGCCAAGCUAUUUGAGGAAACCUCACACAGUGUCCAUGUGUAGUAGUAUGAGCCCACGCCGCGAGGUGAUACGUUUGGAGAGGAGGCUACGCUCGGCUUCAGAGGGAGCCGGCGGACCAAGACUUCACCUCAACCUUAAAGAGCAUACCUGCAUGGAGACAAGCAUGCUGGCCAAACACAGAACCAAUUCCUCGUCCUCUAAACUGGGCAGCCUGGAUGUUUUGAACAAUCUUGGCUCGUCUGAGCUAGAUGAGGAUGAUCUAAUGCUGGAUCUGGAGCUCUCAGAUGACCAGAGACAUCGACAUGCUUCUCAGGAAGACUCCAGCCAAUCUCUUGCCUCCUGUCUGAACUUGCUGCCAUCCCCCAUGGAUCUGCCUACAGACCAGAGCACUGCCAAGGAGUGCAGAGAUAACAACAGGGAGCCACGGCCAGUGUCUCUCUGUGUGUCCUGUGAUGAUGAGCUGUUCUCUGGGCUAGAGACAUUGCCCUUCAGGCUGAUGCAGCAGGACUGCACGGCCAUGAAAACGCUCCUGCUGCGUCUUCGCAGGGUUUUGCAGGAGAGCACUGAGCCCAGUCCUGCCAGCAGCAUACACUCUUUACCCAUAAGCCCUUGCAGUGAGAAGUCACCAGCUUUCAAGGAUCCCGGGCGAGAUGAGAGCCGGUCCCUGCAGCAGCAGCUGAAAGAGAGAGAUGAGUUGAUCCUGCUUCUGCAGACUGAGCUGGAAGCUGCCCGUUCUGCACAGAAACCCCUUUGCCAAAAAACUGACAAAACAACCCAGACUGAUCCCCCAGCCCCAGAGUGCCUGUCCUGUCGGAGAGAGAACAAGACAAGCACUGUAGAGCACCUUAUCUUCCCACAAAGCUGAUGGCUAUUUGAGGGUGGCAGUAGUAGGAGGAAGGGCUUUGAUGUUCACUCUUCUACACCGAAUUUUCAAAUCAAAGCGCCAUCAGGUCUCCGUGAAAAACAAGCCUGGCUGAAAUCCAUUUUUGUCAUUCCAUCCUUAUACAGUGCCUUGGAGAUGUAUUCCAGUCCCCCACCACCACCACAAAUUUGCACUUUCCACAUUUUAUGCUGAUACAACAUGGAACUGAAGUGGACUUAAUUGCGAUUAUAUGUCAUGGGUCUAGCCCAGAUUGGCCCAUACUUUUAAAGGGAUGUGGGGGGUUCAGUUUUGUUUGUAAUUCUAUGUACAAAAAAAAAUAAAUAAAAAAAAUCAUUAUUAAAAUGUGGAAAGAAUAUGGCACAACCAUGCCUAGAGGAAGCCAUUUAUCAAAAGUCAGUGACUGGGUAAGGAGGACAUUAGUCAGAAAAGCAAUCCAGAGGCCAACUAUGAAGGAGCUGGAGUGAUCCACAGCUCAGACAGGAGAAGGUGUUCACAGGUUAGCCAUAGCCUGAAGUGAAAGUUUCAAUGUAUUACCCUAUCAUAAAAUGUUCCAAGUGUAACACUGUUUUGAGAGCUAAGAACCUUUAAUUAUCCAACGAACCAUCAAAGAUCCUCUGAAGAACACUUUUUAAAAACAAAACAAAAAAAACAACUACAAUGUAUGCCACAUAUUGUGGCAGGUGUAACACCCCUGACACACACAUACAUAUAUUGUUGUCAUUCCAUUGUUAUUCUCACACUGCUUUACUUUUAUGUUCCUCUCAAUUUUUACCCUCAAAAUCUUUUUGAUAUCUCUGCCAUUUAGCUUGCUUCCCACCCUUACAUCUCUUUGUACUCUUCCUGUGCUAAAAUAAGGUGUCAUAAUGCAUCAAGAUGUGGUUCAUUGUCAGAUACACCACUGACUUAACCGUCGGUUCAUGAACAUUCCACUCCAGUGAACGUAAAAAAAAAACCCACACCUCUGAUGAAUGAUCUGCUCAGAUACCUGGUGGGAGACAUUUAGGUGCUCCAGAAAGAGUGAAAAUUCCAUUGCUGGAGACCUGCAGUGACCCUCGUGUUGAAAUGAAAUAUAAUUCUAGGUAUGACUAAUAAAGCCAACUGUUUAUGCAGGGGCUCAAUGAAAAGGUUAGGCUGAUUUGAGAUAUCACUGUGUGUCCUUUCAAAAUAAAACAAGAAUAUUUAUAUUGCUUUCAGGUGUCGUAAUUUAAAAUAUCACAAAGUAGAGGUCUAAUUUCAAAGGGCACGAAAUAACAUGCUGUUACCAAGGUGGCAGCAGGAAGUCCGAACUGUUUAUCUCAACUCACAAGCACAGAUCUUGUUUUUGGAUUAAGAUUGCACGAGGAAAGGAUUUAAGGGACAUUUAAAGAGGGUUUAUUAUUGGGGUGUGGAUGGCAGUAGCUUCAGACACCAAGACUGUUGAAUUACCAAGUGUUGCAAUGGAACAGUAACAAAAUAAUUUAUUUUAGACAUUUAGAUGUAUGGGAAAGAUAGUAAAUGGUGUUGGAAAUUGACACAUUCAGUGACUGAGUUGCUCAUGUGGGAUGUGAGAUAUGCAAAGAAAACAUAAUAGAGCAACUGUUCUUCAGGCUGGCAUGCUGGUAGAGUAGAUACCAUUGCUUCCUCACAGCUCAAGCAUCCCUGGUUCAAUCCUAUCCUUCAGUUAAUAUCUGUGGUGUUGUUUUUUCCCACAUUUCUUCUGGUUUCCUGCUAAAUCCUGAAAAAAACAUGCCGUUAGGUGGAUUGGCUUGACUGUGCUAAAUUGUCCGUAGUUGUGACUGUGUGUGUGUGUGUGUGUGUGUGAUGCACUGAAAUAGAUCGGUGUCCCAUCCAGGAUAUUUUCACAGCUGUACUCCCAACUCACUCCCAUUGUUCACUGGAUAGAGGAAGAAGAAUAAAUGAAUACAUGAAUAAAUGAACGACCUGGAUGAGAUCAGACUGUUGCUAAGUACGUGUUGAUAUCAAGCAUUAGAAUGGGGGGAAAAAAAUGUGAUUUCAGUGACUGGUGUGGAUGUUUUUUGCCGGACGGACUGGUUUGAGUAUUUUAGAAAAUGUCGAUCUCCUUGCAUGUUCAUGUACAACAGCGUAUAUGAAUUUGCCCAGACUGGUGUGCAAAACAAAAAACAUCCAGUUAGAGGCAGUUGUGCAGUCAGAAUGCCUUUGCUGAUGAGAGAGGUCAGAGUAGAAUGGCCAGACUAGUUCAAGCUGACAAGAAGGCUACAGUGACUCCAAUAACUAGUCAUUGCAACCGUGUUGAGCAGAAAAGCAAUAUGUGACAGAUAUAAUCUUGUGGGGACAUUUGGCUGAUUUCCUUUUGGUUUGGCUUAAGGUUAGAGGUUAUGUUUAGGUGUAGCUUUAAUUAGCUGACUUAACAAGUACGUCAAUCUAAGGUCCUCACAAACGUAGUAAGACAAACGUGUGUAUAUGUGUGUUAAAUAAAAGGAACAGUUGUUGACACUAGUUUAAAGCAGAAUCAUAAAUAAGAACCGAAAUUUUUACUUCCUCCCAAUACAAAACCAUUGUCCCUGCGGCAGACACGGUCUAUUUGUUCAUGUGUGCGAUGGCAGGUUAAAAAGCGGCCUUUGGCCUGAGCAUAUGAUUGUAGGGUCUUUGAGUACACAGUGUAGCCUGUGGGAGUUUUCCAUACUCUCUCCUUCUCUCCGUCAGCUCUUCGAUCAGCCGAAGAUGCGGCCGCUUCACAGCGUUAGCCGUCUUGCUCUGCAGCAGCCACGGGCGGACUGUGUCUCUUGCCUCCAUGCUGCCUGAGCAGACGCCUACUCUGCCUCUGACAUUUGGGAGACACUGAUAAAAGAUAGGUGGCUACUGUGCUCCAAACUGGAGCUAAUGGUUUUAUUUCCUACUUGUCUCAGUGAAAACACAGAUGAAAGAGUAUUUUAUCAUUUAAAGGAGGCCUGGAAAAUCGUCUAAACCUGACAGUGUGAGGUCUUUUGAUGCGUUUAAAGUGAAAUAACUUGGCUCGGUGGAUAUCCUCUGGGUCACUGCUCAGAAGGUCAAGGUUUCAAGCUCCCACUGCUUGGCCCCGUGAGCAUGCUUAUUAACCUCCAAGGAUGCUAUAUUGUUGCUGACCCUGUACCACUGUGUUUUGCAAACGACAGAAUUUCACUGUGAUGAAUAUGUGACAAGUAAAUACUUUCUUCUUCUUUUUCUAUAGUAUUUAGUGGAAUAAUGCAAACGCUUGAUCUCCCAUGUCCAGUUAUUGAUCAUGUAUUAAGCCCAGUUUACAGCACAGGUUGAUAAUCACACAUUUGCCAGGAAACAGUUUAUUGUUUUCUAUUCGUUGUCCUAAGUACUGGUUUGUGUGUCAACUCCUGCAUCUUUAUAAGCAUGCGUAUAUGUACUUUAUAGUGUGAUGAACAACUAGGGUACUUCUCCAUGCCCAGUGGGUGUAAUCAGCCUGAGGGGCUUUUAGUAGAAGCAUACAAUUAUCACCAGGCUGGUUUUUAUUACAGCCUAAUAAAGACACAAAUGGAUUAGGUUGUUAAAUCACAGUGAUUUACUCCAUUCUCCUGUUUUCAACAUCAUGACUCUGCAGGUGUAGUGAGGGGUGGGUGUGUGUGUGUGUGUGUGUGUGUGUGUGUGUGUGUGUGUGUGUGUGUGUGUGUAGAUUUCUGGCUUACUUCCAAAUCUCAGAUGCUUUUAUGUCCCGGCUUUUGAGAGACUGAAUGCUUGUGGAGGCAUGUACUUGAGAAGGAGUUGAAAAGGAGUAAGCUGAAACUCAGUCCACAUCCACACCUCUGCUGAUCUCUGCUUUACCUUCUGCUAUUUUACAAAACUUAUGUCCUGGCCUGUGCACACACCCGCCUCUUCUUUUCUUGGUGUGCAUAAAAGCUGUCCAGUUCUACCAGGCUGUAGAAAUGCACUUUCUUUGGAUUUUUUACCCUUGUCUGCUUUCGGUUCCGCUUAACGACUUUCUGAUUUUCACAUUAGUUAAGCACCAUCACGUUUAAUCAACUCUCUCCCUGAACCCAGGGAAAGAGUCGAAUUUACACCCAUUGCAGUUUAUUUCAUUGCAUUUUAGCUGUAAACUCAGCUGGGAUUACACGCUGAGUUGUGAGAGGUAUUUAGUCAAAACAUUGAAGCCUUUAGCUAAUGGCUUAGUUUAUAGGUGCUAUGCUCAUUAGCAUCAUAAGUAAUGGGAUGUGUGUAAGUGAGGCUGUGCUUUGUGUGGUGAAAAAAAAUGAACAGGUGGCCUCAUCUCUGCUGUGACUUUUUCUUUUUAUUGUGUUAUAUCCCUGCUGUACACACUAGCUCUUCCACAAAGAGGCUCCAGUUGGUCAGAGAACAUUUAAAGAGGUUCCAGGAACCUAAGCAAGUUUGAUCAAGAUGUCGUUGAAUUAAGUGAUCUAAUUCGCUCUUGGUCAAAGUCUCAAUUUGUUCUUUUGUUUCAAUGUGUCAUUCAUUUAAAUCAAAGCAUGAGCAAAACUACUUUCCAUGAACACCUUUAAUUCCUUUUUCACGUUAGUUAAGAAGCAUCAUGUUUUGUCAGUUUCUUUGCCCUUAAAUUUGCAUUUACCAGCUAAAUGUUCUGUCGUUGUAGUUUAUUCAUUUUCUUUUUGGAUGCUGAUGCAAUGAAAAAUUCAUUUUCUAAUGUACUCUUAAUCAAAACCGUUUUUCCUGAUUUAAAAAAAAAAAAAAAAAAAAAAAAUUU